GUUGCAAGCAGGCCAAUGGCGGUCCACACAACCAAUAAGAGGCCACGCUUGGACCCUGCCCUCACUGAUGGCUCAGCUACCAAAAUAUCUGACAUGGUAUCCGUCUUGGCUUCACUGUCUCCCCUGAGAAAAGCCAGGCUGAGCUCCUCAUCAAGUCUCCGACCAAAGGAACGACAGACAGGGGCCGUGGCCGGCAUCCCUCAGCCUGGAGUCAGGCGGCAGGGCCCUGAGCCUCUCGUCGUGGUGAAGCCGACACACAGCAGGCCUCAGGGUGGCUGUCGAGAAGUUCCCCAGGCUGCUUCCAAGCCCCACGGCCUGAUCCAGGUCAUCAGCCCCCAGGCACAAGACAAACGUCCUGCGGUGACCUCACAGCCCUGCCCACCAGCCGACACACACAGCUUGGGCCUCGGCUCCAAUCUCAGUUUCAGGUCAGGAGCCAAGAGACCUGCCCACGCUCCGACUCAGGCUUGCCUGAACUUCCCCAAGAAACCGAGAAUGAGUCCCUUCCAGAUGCCUGAAAAUGCCAUCCAGGGAGGUGAGCUGGGGGCCCCAGAGACUCUCCAUCCUCCGCCAGCUGCAACCGAACUCAGACCAAGUCCGUCGCCCCAGAUGAGCAGGGGGACACCCGCCCAGGUGCCCAGCAGCGACCGGCAGCCUCUGCACAGCAGACCUUGCCUGCCUACUGUCCAGGCCUGCACCAUGUCCCAUCACCCAGCGGCCAGCCACGUUGGGGCCCAGCCUCUCAGAAUGCUCUUCCGGAGACUGGAAAACGGAUGGUGGAGCUCCAGCCUCCUGACAGCUCCCUCGUUUCCCUCUCCUGAGAAGCCGGGAGCCCUCCUCGCUCACAGCCCUCAUGUCUCAGAGAAGUCUGAGGCUCCCUGUGUCCCUGUCCCCCUGAGUGACCUCUAUGAGGACCUUCAGGUUUCCUCCUCCUCAGAGGACAGCGAUUCUGACCUGGAGUGA